UUGCUUUUCCGCCAAAGAUGAUGUUCCGAAGCGAUUAACUUAUUUAUAUUCCACUUGAUCGAAAAUUAUGUGAAAUUGGUUCAUUACCAGCUUUUUCGAUUUGCACGAAAUAAAUCUUUCGAAAUACAAAAUUAUCUCGGUUUCGUAAUCGCAGCAAUAUUUUUAUCUCCGUCAUGGCCGUGAUUAGGUGCUUCAGUUCUUCCUUCGCCAUGGCGCCCAUUCUCUACAUGCAGCACUUCUCGGGACCUGUAAGGUCAGUAUUGUUGACGGCCGCUGCUUUAGGACUGAAACUGCAGCACAAGAUCGUCGAUCUGUCGAAGCAGGAACACCUAACCGAAAAUUUUCUUAAGCUGAACCCGCAACACACUAUACCCACUCUGGAAGACGAUGGUGUUGUUAUUUGGGACAGUCAUGCCAUUAAUGCUUAUUUAGUGGCGAAAUACGGGAAAGAUGACUCCCUCUACCCUAAGGACCUGGCCAAGAGAGCCAUGGUGGACCAAAGAAUGCACUUUGACAGUGGACUAAUUUUCAGCUGGCUCAGGAACAUUGCUCGAGGGGUGAAAUACAAGGGGCGGAAGGCACUAACUGAGGACCAAAUCGAAGGACUAGAACACGGGUACGAACAUUUGAACACGUUCCUGAAGGACAGCAAAUGGGUGACUGGUAAUGCAGUCACCAUAGCAGACUUCAGCUUGAUUGCCAAUGUUACUACCCUUAAUAUUAUAUAUCCCGUGGACAAGUCCCGUUAUGGGAACAUCAGCAGGUGGCUGAAGGACUCGGAAGCCCUUCCCUACUAUGACGUAAACCGGGAGGGUCUGGACCACUUCAAAGCGACAAUGAAACCCUUGCUGUCAGCCAUGGCCCCCAGAGUAUUCGUGACCAUCGUGAGUCCGAACGUCCGAUCCACCCUCCUGACCACACACGCCCUAGGAAUUAACAUCGAACUGGAAGAGAUCGAUUUGAACAACAAGGAACAGUUCAAGCCCAGCUUCAUCAAGCUCAAUCCGCAACAUACCGUACCUACUUUGCAAGACGAUGAUGAUUUCGUCGUCUGGGACAGCCACGUGAUCAAUGGGUACUUGGUGGACAAAUACGGAGGAAUCGACGAUUCUCUUUACCCCACCGACAUGCAGGAAAGAGCCAAAGUCAACCAAAAAUUGCACUUUGAUACUGAAUUGUCAUUGCUCGCCUCCAGAAUCAUGAAAGGGAUCCUCCAUGGGGGUAAGAAGAGCGCCCCCCAGGAGCAAGUGGACGAAAUCCUGGAACGUUAUGACUUUUUGGAGAAGUUCCUGGCAAUGAACACCUUCGUAGCGCUGGGACACAUGACCAUCGCUGACUUCAGCCUAAUCGCCACAGUGUCGACCAUCGACAUUUUCGUGCCGCUUGACGCGAAAAAGUACCCAAAAAUCGCCGCCUGGAUGAAGAAGAUGCAAGCCCUCCCCUAUUACGCCGCCAACAAGAACGGUCUCGACAAAAUCCGAAACCAGAUCGCGGCGGCUUUGGAGGGCUAGCCUGGACCAACCCUGUACCAAUACCUACCUUUUUGAAUGUUAUCGCUUGUUUUUAUGUAGACUUUAAAAAAUAAACAUUCUCGAGAGUG